GGCUCUUUUUCAGGAGCUGGGGAUUUUCUCAGCCUCUGGCUCGUGCACCUUUGAACAGUCAGGUGUGACUGAGGGGAGAGGUGCUCCUGCUGUCACUCUCACCUGGGUCACACAUGCGCAGGGCUCCGAGCAGCUCAGAGCCCAGCGAGGGCAGCACAGCAGCUCUGCUCUGUUACUGAGCAACAAAUCCAACCUGGCCUGGCAAGAAAGAAUUCAGCUCUUGGAAAAGGUGAUUCACCUGCACACAGGAGCCACUGCCUGCUCUCACAGCCCGGGCUGCAGAGUUCUUCAUGAAGCCACUGCUGAUCGUCCUGGCUGGAGUUUCAGUGGUCGGAAUUGUGACUGCAGAGAGACCAUCAUGUCUGAAACGUGCAGCAUUUUCUUCCACAAACUUUGAGAACAUCCUGACGUGGGAAACAGAGGCAGAAAUUCCCCCUGGCACUGUGUUUGAUGUGCAGUACAAACAGUAUGGAGACAAAUCCUGGCUCAGCAAGCGUGAGUGCCAGAGCAUCACCCAGCUCUUCUGCAACCUCAGCAGGGAGACAGAGAACUUCAGGGAGCAUUUCUAUGGCAGGGUGAGGGCCAGGGGCUGCUCCUCCAGCUGGGUGCGCUCCGAGAGGUUCGAGCCCCGCAAAGAGACCAUUAUAGGGGCCCCACAAGUGGAACACAUUCCCUUUGUACGCUCCAUAAAAUUCCUGAUCCGCCCUCCCCUCACCCCCCUGCGAGGUGAGGAUGGCCAGCAGCUCACUGUGGAGGACAUUUACAGCAAAUUCGGGGCCGUGGAUUAUCACCUGACAAUAUUCAACCAGAGGACACAGCAGCAGUGGACAAAGAAUGAGCACAGCAAAGAAUUUGAAGUUUCCAACUUGGACCCAGACACUGAAUACAAUGGGACAGUUUAUAUGUGUCUGCUGCAGAGAAGGAGCAAACCUCAAGUGUUUUGGGUCAAAACUCUGGCAGACAAGACGUGGGUUCUCUACUGCUUGGUGGCCCUGGCGUUCUGUGCUGGGCUGGUUUUUGCUGCCAGUGCUUAUGUGAUCUACAAAUACAUCAAACAGCACAGUGCCCAGCCCAGGGCCUUGGACUUCGGAGGGAUUCCAUCGUUCCAGCCUCUCACACUGACAGUGGAGCACAUCAUAAAACCCCUCAGCUUAUCCAAACCUUCCCUUUCCAUCCCUGAAGUGCAGCUGGCCCAGAUGAGCCAACAUCUGGACUGGGCCCUGGAGCCACCAGUGUCCUUCUGUCCCUACCAGCAGCAGGCAGAUGUUCCAACAUUGAGGCUGCCCCCUCAGGAUAUCCCAGCUCCGAGUGUUUAUGCCCCUCAGAGGGCUGAGCAGAGCAUUCCUGGCAGCUCCAGCCUGGCCCUGACCUAUGGGCUGUGUGUGGAGGGCUCAGAGCACGAGCAGAGCUCACAGCAGGACCAAAGGCUGCAGGAAAUUCCUCCGGAUCGUUCCGUGGAUGGAAAACUCCAAACCCAGGGGUUGGGAAAGAGCUGCAGCCACCGGGAUUACAAAGAGCAGCAGCCCCUGUGGAAGAGCAGGGACAGACUGGAGUCGGUUGUGAUCCAGGGCAGCCCUGGGCACACCCAGCUGCUGCUGCAGAGCGAGGGGCUGGAAAAUGCAGAGUGUGUGUCCCAACUGUCCCUGGCUUUGCUGCAACAGGGAGGAUGCUACAGACAACAGGCAGAGCUGCCCCUGCUGCUGUCUGCAGGGAAAGCUGCCCCACACUGCGGCCCAGAGGAGGAACUGCUGGCACCUCUGUCAGCAGCCCUGCUUCUCUCAGUCCGGACUGGGAAUGAUUUCCUUGGAGAGAAGCACGUGGAGCAGUGGGGGCUGCCAGAGUCAUCCCCACAUCCUGCAAACAAAGGGCAGCUCCCAGAGACUGCAGCCACGGAAAUGUUCCCGGCAGCAAAGGAGCUGAGCUGCACAGAACUGAGCCUGUCCCCGGGCCAGGACACAGACACUCCCCUCACCAUGCUCUUCAAAGAUUUGGACUUGAAAGUGCAGUGGGAUGAGGAGGACAGCACAGAAUUUUAUUAGGAUGCCUUAAUGGUAUUAAAAUCCAGAUGAUGUUUUCUUGCCUGAAACAGAAGCAAUGCAAAACUACAGCUGAUCCUGGCUGUAUUAACAGAGCUCAGGGCUCUCACUGUUCCAGUGUGGAGUUUGGUGCCUUUACUGACAGAAUUACUCCUUGUUACACUGCAAUACUGGACCUUUGCACUUAAACAACAGGGCUGUAUUUCUUGCAUAUUCUCAAAUUUAUUAGGGAUUGGAUUAGUUUAAAGAUGUUAAGAUUCAGUUUCCAAUCCCAGGUUCAGUUUACUGAAAAUUUAGCAAAAUUCACAACAGAAACUGUGUUUGCUCUUUACCAACACCAAAAACCGAGGGCUAAGAUGUACCCUCCCUCUGGAGAAAUUCAGGUAUGCAAACCUAAAUGUACCACGGUACAGUAAAAGAAGUAAAUAGCUCCUGGUGUUCUACCCUUGGAUAAAGGACUUGGACAAGAGUAUUCCACUUUCCUGGAAUGGACUUUGCCUUUAAAGGAGUCCUUGAAACUGUGUAACAGCUCCUGAUGCAGCAGUUCUGUGAAAUAUGUCCCUGUUCCCUGUGGUUUUUAAUACUUGUACAAAGAUAAAGCCUUUUUUAAUACCUGUACAAAGAUAAAGCCUUUUUCAUCUCUGCAGCAGA